AGUGUCAGACUUGAGGGAAGAGAGGCAGACAAGCUGCAUUAGAGGGGUUAGAUGACUUGACGCUUGACAACACGACAAAGAUUCUCAAGGCGAGCAUCCUGUCCAUGCACGCAUACAUGGACAGUAAACUGGACGCUAUCCAGGACACCCUCGACCAGAUCCUGAAUGCCAUGCACAGGCAAGGAGCCAGGCCAGCAGUUUUGCCAUUGCUGCCAUUCUCGGCGAUGACAGGCCCGUAUCCGCCUCGGUCUGGUACCACACGAAGUGGUACUUCAGCAGUCGCAGCACGGACUGUUGCUUCUACUUCUUCUACUCCACCGGCUGGAGCUACAUCACAGUCGGCACCUGCCCCACCAGCUGGACAGCAACAACCUUGGUACCCCAACACCCCAUUGAAACCGCCUUCAACCUUCACAGGGGACAAGAAGGACGAGGCUCUCGACACGUGGUUGAGAACGGUGUCAAUGUGGGUAAGGGCAAAGAGGACGUUGGUUGAGGAGGAAGUGAUAACUGCUGCAUCCUAUCUGGAGGGAUCGGCAGCUCGCUGGCUAAAUAGAUUAGUCGCCUCAAAGGGAUUCGGCAGGAACAUGAAUGACUGGGCUAAGACUCGUACCCUAGAGAGCUUUAUGGAUUUGGUGGAAGCACGAUGGCACAACCCCCAGCAGGCACAGAUUGCCACUGAUGGGUUGCUCCGGCUUGAUACUAAGUACAAGUCUGUGCGCGAACUAACCUCUGUCGUAGAGCGUUUGAUGGUCGUCCCCGGGACGCAGAUUAAUCCAUCAACUACAUUGACCCGCUGGCUGCAUGAGAUUGAUGUGUAUGAUUUUGAACUUAAGCACAAGAAAGGUUGUUACAAUCUCAUUGCGGAUGCUUUAUUUCGCCAUCCUGAGUACAUGACUUGCCUUGUGGGUUCCUAUGAUCUCCGUAAGACUUUGAAGAAGGAACUCAUCGAGCAUACUGCCAAGGACCAGAAACUCAGUCCCAUCCUUGAGCAGGUCCAAGCUGACCCUAGCAGCCAGCCUGAUUUCCAUGAGUGUAAAGGUUUACUCUUCCAGCGUUACGAGAAGUACGACCAACUGUGUGUACCCAACCAUGAGCCUGUCCGUACUCACUUCAUGGCUCAUGGCCGGAGUGGACACUUCGGUUUUGAAAAGACAUACGGAAGUCUAUUGCAAAAGUUUGUACGGCCUGGGAUGAAAGAAAUGGCACAAAAGUUUGUGGUUGAGUGUGAAGUUUGUCAACGCAUCAAACCGUCUCGGCAAAAGCCCUAUGGGCUGCUGCAUCAUCUUCCUAUUCCUGAUGGCCCGGGUGAGUCUCUUUCCAUAGAGUUUGCGGACAUGGGAAAGAAGAGCAGGAAUGGAUAUUCACAAGUAAUGGUGAUCGUUGACCACUUUGCAAAAUUUUUGAAUCUGAUCCCAUUACCACCUCACGCCGCAACUGACCUUGUGAUCAAAAAGUUUCACAAAAAGUACAUUCUGCAGUGUGGGCCCCCGAAAACUCUUGUGAGUGACCAGGACACUAGGUUCAUAAGUGCAGAUUGGAAGGACUUCACCUCCCAGGUCUACGACACCACACUCAAGAUGACAUCUGGCCGACAUCCCGAAGCCAAUGGACUGGCUGAAGAGAAGAGAUCAACCAGACUGUGAUCCAACUUCUCCGAGCUCU